UUCCCAUUUCACUUGUCCAUACACUGAGGUGUCUAAUGGCUUCCAGCUCAGGGCUGUCCACGUAAGAAGUGAAUCUGAGAAGAGAAGGGCAGACACUUAAAGAGAGAGAAGAGUUUCCCACAGAGCAUGGCCUCUGCCAAAGAAGAUGGCAUGGAUGAAAGAAUGGUGGACAUUAAAGAAGAGGACUGUGAGUGGCUUACACCAGAGGAUGUGUGUGUGAAGCUGGAGGUUCACGAUGAAAGAAUUUCAGUUUUUAAAGAGGAGGAAGAGUGCAAGGGGGUGACUACUGCCGUUGAAGCUGAGGAUUUGAAUGAUUUUUCUGUUGGUCUUGAACUUCAAAAGCAUGAAACUGAGGAUAUUUUCAAGCAAGAUGCCUGUGAAGAAUCUCCAUCCAGUUUACAGCCCUGGUCCACUAAUACGGGACGACUGGCUACGCAGGAGAAUUCUGUAGAGCUGAAAUCAGAGUUAUCAGAGUCUGAAGAGAAAAUCACCGAGGGAAAUGGGAGAGGAGGAGAAGAGUCACCUGGGAGUGUUGGAAGAAAUUUACAGAAGAAUUGCAGCUUCUCUCCGCCUUCAUUUGGUGAGCCCUCUCUUCAAUACAAAGACAAAGGCAUGAAGAAAUCCGCAAGAGCACCAGAGAACCUGACAGCAGCCUUUAUGCAGUGCAGUUCUCUCCCUGUUACUGGAGUAACACAGACAGAAGCUAUCAAAACUGAUCAACAGCAAGUAGAGAAAGAAAUCGAAAUUCAUACUGGAAAAAAAUGUUGUUUGGAAUGUGGCAAACAAUUCACACACAAAAGUGUUCUUAAUAAGCAUAUGAAGAUUCACACAGGAGAAAAACCUUAUUGUUGUCCAGAAUGUGGUAAUUCAUUCUCACAAAUAAGCAAUCUUCAGAGGCACAGAAGAACCCACACAGGUGAAAAACCUCAUUGUUGUCCAGAAUGUGGUAAGUCGUUCUCAGUGAGAAGCAAUCUUCAGAAUCACAGAAGGAUACACACUGGAGAAAAACCUCAUUACUGUCCAGAAUGUGGAAAGUCGUAUUCAAGGAGAAUCUAUCUUCAGAAUCACAGAACAAUACACACUGGAGAAAAACCUCAUUGCUGUUCAGAAUGUGGUAAGUCAUUCUCAGGAAGAAGAGAUCUUCUGAACCACAGAAGAAGCCACACAGGAGAUAAACCUCAUUGUUGUCCAGAGUGUGGAAAAUCGUUCUUACAGAGGCAAUCUUCAGAACCACAGAAGAAGGCACUCAGGAGAAAAACCUCAUUGUUGUCUUGAAUGUGGUAAGUCGUUCUCAUGGAGAAAUGAUCUUCAGAA